AUGUCACAGAAAGAGAUCAAUGAUGAAGAUGCUAGGUUGGUACAAAUAAAUGAUCCUGUCAAGACAAAUGAGAGGUUUGAGUUUGCUGGGAAUUCCAUUCGGACUGGAAAGUACUCAAUCUUAACAUUUUUGCCUAGGAACUUGUUUGAGCAGUUUCACAGAGUUGCCUAUAUAUACUUCCUUGUGAUUGCCGUGCUUAAUCAGCUGCCUCAGCUUGCGGUUUUUGGCCGUGGAGCUUCCAUUAUGCCAUUGGCAAUUGUCCUUCUGGUUACAGCAGUUAAAGAUGCAUAUGAGGACUACAGGCGCCAUAGGUCGGACACGAUUGAGAAUAAUAGGCUAGCAUCAGUUUUGGUAAAUGACCACUUUCAACAAAAGAAAUGGAAGAACAUUCAGGUUGGUGAGAUAAUCAAGAUUCAUGCAAAUGAAACUAUUCCUUGUGAUAUGGUUCUGCUCUCAACUAGUGAUCCGACUGGGGUUGCAUACGUGCAGACUAUUAAUUUGGAUGGAGAGUCCAAUUUGAAGACACGAUAUGCAAAACAGGAGACCGUUCUAAAGAUUACUGAAAAGGAGAAGAUUGCUGGGUUGAUUAAGUGUGAGAAACCCAACAGGAACAUAUAUGGGUUUCAGGCUAACAUGGAAAUUGAUGGGAAACGGGUGUCGCUUGUUGGGGUUGCCGUCUAUGCUGGCCGUGAGACCAAAGUGAUGCUUAACAGCUCAGGAGCCCCAUCUAAGAGGAGCCGGCUUGAGACUCAUAUGAACUCGGAGAUCAUCUUCCUCUCACUGUUUCUUAUUGCUCUGUGUACAGUUGUCUCUGUCUGUGCUGCUGUUUGGUUGAGGCGCCACAGAGAUGAGUUGGACUACUUGCCCUUUUACAGAAGAAAGGACUUCUCUGAGGCAGAAGAAGAAAAUUAUAAUUAUUAUGGAUGGGGAUUGGAAAUAUUUUUCACAUUCCUUAUGUCGGUAAUUGUGUUCCAGAUCAUGAUCCCCAUCUCGUUGUAUAUUUCCAUGGAGCUAGUCCGGGUUGGUCAGGCUUACUUCAUGAUUCGAGAUACCCAAAUGUAUGAUGAAUCUUCAGAUUCAAGAUUUCAGUGUCGGGCUUUGAAUAUUAAUGAGGACCUAGGGCAAAUAAAAUAUGUUUUCUCUGACAAAACUGGUACACUUACUGAGAACAAAAUGGAAUUUCAGUGUGCCAGCAUUUGGGGGGUAGAUUACAGUGUGGGAAAGGCCACUUCACAAGAUCAGGAAGAUGGUUACUUUGUCGAAGUGGAUGGGAAGGUUUUGAGGCCUAAGAUGAAGGUAAAGACUGACCCAGAGCUUCUACAAAUUGCAAAGAAUGGAAAAGAGACAAAAGAUGGCUGUCAUGUCCAUGAUUUCUUCCUUGCACUAGCAGCUUGCAAUACAAUUGUACCUCUAAUCCUUGAUACACCUGAUCCUAUUGUGAAGUUGAUAGAUUACCAAGGGAGUCUCCAGAUGAACAGGCAUUGGUCUAUGCUGCUGCAUCAUAUGGAUUUAUGCUGA